CGGCGGGCGAGCGGGCCGCGCGGCGCGAGGGAGGCGGGCUCGCCCCCGCCCGGCCCGAGCGGAGCCUUUUGUUCCCAGCCAGAAGUUUGCAUGCCGGGACCGUGACAGCUGCGGGCGGGGAGGACGGCGGGGCCGCGGGGCCGGCGGCGGAGAAUAGAGGCGGCUGCUUGACAUGCAGCCCACGGCGUGGCGGCUGCGGACCGGGGACUGGCGGGGGAGGCGGCGCCCACAGCACGCGGGACUCAGCUGCCGGAGGCACCAACUAACUUCCUGAGCGCGGGACUAGAGGCCGGCGCGGCCGGGAGCCACCUGCCAGCCUGCGGUGAGGCGACCGUGGCCCUCGGGACGCGGGGAAGCGGGCGGCAGGGAGUGAGCCUUACCGACUGACCCUCGGCCUCCGUCGCAGCCCUCCGGCCCCUCGAAGGCCCGGCGCCGGGCUCCACUCGCCUUGUUUUGCGGCCGCGGCGGUGGGCUGUUCUGGGAGCCACAACAAUGCCAUGAUGUUUUGGAGACAGGAAGCCCCAAGCUGGCCGCGAAUGAAGGACUUCCUGUGUUUAAAGUUGCAGGAAUAUCCGCCGACCAGCCCAGUUCAAAUACAAACACCCGAACUAGGGAGGACGAAUGGCUAAUUCAGACCAGCUGGACUCUCCAGGGCUGGAACCGAGGAUAAAAUGAAAGGAAUUCUUAGGAGCUUGGGCCAUACUUGAAGACCAGAGGGGCUGUGCCAUUGUUAUUAAAGGACGCAAUCGAUGUAAAUCCUCUGCUUCCAACUCUGCUCGGGUGAGAAGUGAGUGGAACUAGAUAUUGAAUAAGACUUGUCAAUAUCAGAUGAUUUUUUUUUUAACUGACUGAAUUAGAGCGGAGCUCUUUAAAAAAAAAAAGCCAUAGAAGGAAUAAUUUUGUUGAUUACGUUAAACCAAUUAUCUGUCUGCAACUAUGAGGCUGCUAACCUGUGAGGAAAAAACUGUUUCUCUUAGAGCUUCUCCCAGAAUAGUUUCAAAGUGCAACUUCCAGGCCUUUCUGGAGGGAAGAUCCGAUUGGGGGAUUCGCAAUUAUGAACAUGUAAAAGGGUUUUUAACUUACGCAGAAUGCAUUUUGGGGGAACCUGUGAUAAACUUUUAAAAGGUUGAUGGUUCAUCUUGAUUGAAAAAGUAUGGGUAAGCCACUCAGCAGGCCGGACUGUUUAAGGCAGAACCCCACCUGCCUGGGAAAGGGGGAGGAAGAGGAUGGCUACAUAGAGGAUUGCUAUGUUCCACAGCGAUCUAUAUAUGAUACAAUGAGGAUAAAUGAACAAAUUGACCAGGGGUCAAAGCUUAAUCAGACUUCAAAAAGCACCAUGGAAAAGAUAGAAGGAAGCACUAUAUCCAGCAACGGUACGUUAGGAGCAGCCGCUAAUGUUUUUGAAUCCAGAGCACCAGAAGGCAAAAAGUUGGACGAGAGAAUAAUAUUUGACGCACUAAAGCUAAGCAGUGAUGUGCAGAAGUCAGCACCUGUGCCACCCAGAAGGCGGCCAAAUGCAGAACGCAAGGACAACAUUAACAGGAGAUCUUGGAAGUCCUUCAUGCCACCCAAUUUCCCAGAAUUCGCCGAAAGGAUGGAAGCUUCUCUCAGUGAAGUUUCCGAAGCCGGUGUUUCAAAUCCUUCCUUGCAAGAGAAGAAGGAGUCCAGUUCUGCAUUAACAGAAAGUUCUGGUCACGUGGACCACAAGGAACCUCAGUCAGAGUCAGUAACUCUGGAACAUGUGUCCAGAUCCAUAGGUAUUCCAGAAAUGCAGGAUGUAAAAAACUUAGGUGGAAACAGCCAAGACUUCAGAUUGCAACAGCGCAGUGAGAGCUCUUCCCAUGAAUUCCAGCCUUUAGAGUCAGAAGCUGCAGCAGCAAGUGGUAACACAGAUGUAAUGCAGGAACACAGAUUCCCAAGUGCAACCUGGCCCAGAGCCAUGAAAAGUUUGGCUAAGGGAGGCUUCAGCGAGAAGCAGCACCCCCUGGGGGACACAGCUUGCACUGUAGAAUUGCCACCUCUCUCCCCUUGCCUGAGUGAAGAGCUGUUGGAUUCAGAGUUGCAUAUUCUCAUAACCCCCAGCCUCAGGGAGAAAACAGAGUCUGAGCUAAAGUUUGAGGAGGAUGAGCGAUGGAUCAUGAUGGAGGCUGCAGAGGAAUGGGAGGAAGAGAAACUUUCAGAGAGUGGAAAGACUUUUCUAACAGCAGAUGAGGAGAACAGCCUGGCAGAUAUCUUUGAAGAAGGAGAGCAAGCAGAUACUGCAGCAGUGGUGGAGGAUGGAGUCAGCUGCUCCACCACUGUCUUGGGAGCUUUUGAGCACCUAGCUCUUGGUCAGAUCCAUUGCUCUGAUGACCCGCAGCCUGCUCAGAACUGUCUGGCUUCUGUUCUCGAGGCCGCAUCUUUGGAUUACAACUGUGUUCUAACAGGUGAGAGCGCCGUAGAAGAACUGAGAAACAGGACUGCUCUGGGGCUGGAGGGUCUUGUUUCAGAUUUAGAAUGCACUGUUGGUCCUGCCAACUCAGAGCAGCUCUCUGACACAGACUCAGUGCAGAUGUUUCUUGAACUUGAAAAGGAGUGUUUAUCUGAAGAAGGAGUGACUCCGCUAGUUGAGCUGGAGAAUCAAGCCUCUUCUGAAGGGCUGGCCCCAUCCCAGGACGCAGAACAUUCACUUGUAAUCAGUCCUUUUUCAGGGGCUGCCUUAGAAAAGGAGCACGUAGGCCUUUUAAAGGUAAGGACCGAGGACUGUGGUCCUGGGUUGGACAGUGACUCUUUCAAUGCCCUGGAUUCUUCUCAGGUGCCUAAUACUGUGGAAUUUACUGCCUACUCUGAUUCCAUGAGGGACACUUCCACUGUUAGUGAGGAGGAGGGUAAAAAAGUGCCUUUUAGCCCCGACACUGCUGGGGAAUUUAACCUUAGACCCCUGACUGAUCUGGAGUCCCCGGGAGGAUGGUCCAACUCUGAUCACAGGGCUUCUCCUGAAGAAAAUGUACCAGACUCUGAAGCCAAGCUGGCCAAAGAACACAGCAGUUUGUCCCAGGUGGACGGUCAUGAAGUUGAGGGGAAUGCUGAGGAGUGUGUGGAGAGAGCCCCCUUCGGUUCUGCUGUUAGCCAUAAACUCACAGAUGUUACUUCAGGAUCUGAAGGAGAGGCGUUGCCAGACGAUUCACAUUUACCAACAGAUGAGAUUCAUUGGGAAGGUGAGAAAGGAGCUAUUAAUGAAGGAAAUAACCGUCUGACUUCCUUGGGAGAUGUGGACCCUUGUGAAUUGUUGUCCAUGGAAGGAGCUUGUGACGAAGGUGGUGAAGCACAGGCACUGGGCUGUGAAGCCAGGCUGGAGCACCGAGCCUCAGCACAUCUUCCUGGCAGACUCCCAGAGCGAGUCUCCCAGAAUCUCCAGAGGAAGUCCCCGGAGUCAGAGUUCCUGAGUGCGCACCUGCCGGUUGGACGACUGAGGCACAGCAGAGAUGGAGUGGAGACCGCGAAUGGGACCAAGCCCAAGCUGAAUGUGGCCUCAUUGGAGGAAGGAGAAGCAGAAAUGAGAGAUUCCAAUUCAUUGCUAAAUACCUUUCUGGAGGAACAAGUUACCAAGGCUAGGAACACGGAAGCAGUUUUGGAGGACUGGGCAUCCAUCCCACAGAAGCCUGACGCAGCUGCUGCAGCGCCCACUGUGGAAGAUGCCCUACAUGCUGCAGUGCCUGUCCCAGAGGGAACUGCGAUAGCUGCUGUCACGGUGCCCUUCCCAGAGGAGCAUGUCCCAGUUGUUUCCGUGGCCACCGAAGAGGCACAUGUCCCAGCUGCUUCAAUUUUUACCCUAGAAAAGGAUGGCCCUCUCUGUGCAGUAUCAGCCACAGAGAGGGCUGCUGCCCCAGCUGCUGCAGUGCCCGCCUCUGAGGGGACUGCUCCAGCUGCUGCAGUGCCCACCACAGAGGAUGGUACCCCAGAGGAGCCUGUCACCCCCGCUGGUGCAGUGUCCACCCCAGAGGAGCCUGCAGUCUCAGCUGGAGCAGAGUCCACCCCAGGGGAGCCUGAUACCCCAACUGUUAGAAUGCUUACCCCAGAGGAGCCUGCAGCCCCAGCUGGUGCAGUGCCCACCCCAGAGCAGUCUGUCACCCCAGCUGAUGUAGUGCCCACCCCAGAGGAGCCUGCAGCCCCAGCUGGUGCAGUGCCUACCCCAGAGGAGCCUGCAGCCCCAGCUGGUGCAGUGCCCACCCCAGAGGAGCCUGCAGCCCCAGCUGGUGCAGUGCCCACCCCAGAGCAGUCUGUCACCCCAGCUGAUGUAGUGCCCACCCCAGAGGAGCCUGCAGCCCCAGCUGGUGCAGUGCCCACCCCAGAGGAGCCUGCAGCCCCAGCUGGUGCAGUGCCUACCCCAGAGGAGCCUGCAGCCCCAGCUGGUGCAGUGCCCACCCCAGAGGAGCCUGCAGCCCCAGCUGGUGCAGUGCCCACCCCAGAGCAGUCUGUCACCCCAGCUGAUGUAGUGCCCACCCCAGAGGAGCCUGCAGCCCCAGCUGGUGCAGUGCCCACCCCAGAGGAGCCUGCAGCCCCAGCUGCUGCAGUGCCCACCCCAGAGCAGUCUGCCACCCCAGCUGCUGCAGUGCCCACCCCAGAGGAGCCUGCAGCCCCAGCUGCUGCAGUGCCCACCCCAGAGCAGUCUGCCGCCCCAGCUGAUGCAGUGCCCACCCCAGGGGAGCCUGCAGCCCCAGCUGCUGCAGUGCCCACCCCAGAGCAGUCUGCCGCCCCAGCUGAUGCAGUGCCCACCCCAGAGGAGCCUGCAGCCCCAGCUUGUGCAGUGCCCACCCCUGAGGAGCCUGCAGCCCCAGCUUGUGCAGUGCCCACCCCAGAGGAGCCUGCUGCCUCAGCUGAUCCAGUGCCCACCCCAGAGCAGUCUGCCACCCCAGCUUGUGCAGUGCCCACCCCUGAGGAGCCUGCAGCCCCAGCUUGUGCAGUGCCCACCCCUGAGGAGCCUGCAGCCCCAGCUUGUGCAGUGCCCACCCCAGAGCAGUCUGCCUCCCCAGCCGGUGCAGUGUCCACCCCAGAGGAGCCUGCAGCCCCAGCUGGUGCAGUGCCCACCCCAGAGGAACCUGCUGCCUCAACUGGUUCAGUGCCUACCCCAGAGGAGCCUGCAGCCCCAGCUGGUGUGGUGCCCACCCCAGAGGAACCUGCUGCCUCAACUGGUGCAGUGCCUACCCCAGAGGAGCCUGCAGCCCCAGCUGGUGCGGUGCCCACCUCAGAGCAGUCUGCCGCCCCAGCUGGUGCAGUGCCCACCCCAGAGGAGCUUGCAGCCGCAGCUGCCGUACUGUCUGCUCCAGAGGAGUGUGAUACCCCAACUGUUAAAGUGUUCACCCCAGAGGAGCCUCCUGCUGCAGCUGCUGCAGUGCCAGCGGUGGAGGAAGUAUUCCCUGUUGGUAUGCCCUUCCUGGGAGAUACUUCCCAUGCUGAUUCAGUGCCUGUCUCAGAAGGAACUCCUAUUCUAGAAGAGGCUUCCCUUGCUGGAUUGCCAAUCCAGGAGGAGCUUGAUUCCCCAGUGUUUGGAGUAAAAGAGGUGACUGGCACAGUGCUGCAUGGGAAAGUGCCUCUGGCUGCAAUUGAUGGAUUAAAUUCAAAUGAGGUAAUUGUUGCUCAUUUUGUUAGGGCAGGAUGUGGAGAGUAAAGUGAGAUUUGCAAGUUCUGUGACUUGGUGGUGAUUAGAAAGGGAACAGAUAAUUCUUUGGUUCUCUUAGGAAUGCCUGAGUUUUUCUGGCCUUUUUUGGUCUUUUUAUUGAAUUUAUGGGGGAAAUGUGUCUUUCACCUGCUUAAAAACUUUAUAAUUCAAACUUUUUCUAAUUGGGAUAUAAGCAAAGCUCAAGGAAAACAGGAAUGUGAACAGUUUUGCCUUUAGUUUUUGAAAAGAUUAUUAGCAGGAAACGGUGAUUCUUUUGAAAUUUACAGUAAGCACGUUCUUUCCUAAAUCAAGAGGCUGCUCAUUCAUUGGUAAUGUUAGCAGUCAGGUAGAAGCUAGGGUAUAUGCACUUUGGAUUGAGACCUGGGAUACUUUUUAACCACUCUGAGACAGUUAAAUUUCCUGAGGUGCCAGUUGCCUCAUUUGUUAAGGCAGAAGAACCCUGUGAGGGUUGUGAGGAUAAAAUGAGAUCAUCCAUUCAAAGCACCAAACACGGAA